CCUGGAAAGGGGGGGAAGUUUGAUCCUCUUUCUCACGGAUCCCAGUUACGGGAGUUUUCCUCCCGUUUACGGAGACCCGGGAUUAUCAUUUCGUUUUUCAAUUCAAGAUUUCUUUAUUGAAGCUUACGUGAAAUUGUGCUCAGUUUACCGUUACCCACUUCACUCCACUAAACUGGGGUUUCUCAUAUUUUUUUUUUCACUUGCUUUUUCUCGAUUGAGCCCAAUGACUAUGCUCCUUGAUAGCGCUCCUCAGUUCCCUUCACUAGGAGUAGGGGGGUUCGGAACGCAUAGACACCAUGAGUUGGGAAACCGAGACCCCGGGCUGGGGCUCAGUCCCUUCGCAGAUUCAUCUCACUCGGCUGCCUUCAAGAUAAGUCCCGUUACUCACGAUAUCGCCUCCAGCCAGUCAUCGGCGUUCACCCAGCAAGCUACUGGAUACGCAGCCGCGCUCGGUCACCACCACGGAGGACAAGUUGGUUCUUACGCCGGUGGAGCAUUCAAUUCGACCAGGGACUUUCUCUUCAGAAACAGGGGCGCAUGCAUCGGAGAGACCGCACCGCCGAGUGCCCAGCAUGGAAUCUUUGCCACUUCUGCGGGGAGUCUACACGGGCCCCCCGGAAUUUCGGACAACCCGGGACAUCUGUUGUUUCCUGGACUUCACGACCAGAGCGUGAGCCACACUUCACCGGGAGGACAUGUUGUAAACAGUCAAAUGCACCUGGGUUUACGCGGGGACAUUUUUGGCCGUCCAGAUCCGUACCGACCUGUGGCAAGCCCUCGUACGGACCCUUACGGCACCGCUCAGCUCCAUAACUACAGCCAUCCCAUCAAUAUGAACAUGGGGAUGAACGUACCCACACACCACGGUCCGGGGGCCUUCUUCAGAUACAUGCGGCAACCUAUUAAGCAAGAAUUGUAUUGUAAGUGGAUAGAAGAGAAUCAGAUGAACAGACCUAAAAAGACUUGUGACAGAACUUUCAGCACAAUGCAUGAAAUGGUGACACAUGUUUCAAUCGAACACGUUGGCGGGCCAGAACAGAGUAAUCAUAUUUGCUUCUGGGAGGAUUGCCCGAGAGAGCGGAAAUCCUUUAAGGCCAAAUACAAACUCGUGAACCACAUCCGAGUGCACACGGGAGAGAAACCGUUCCCUUGUCCGUUCCCUGGUUGUGGGAAAAUCUUUGCAAGAUCAGAAAAUCUUAAAAUUCACAAAAGAACUCACACAGGUGAGAAGCCAUUUAAAUGCGAUUUCGACGGCUGCGACAGGCGCUUUGCGAACAGCAGCGACAGGAAAAAGCACAUGCACGUGCACACAUCUGACAAGCCAUAUAUCUGCAAAGUGUGUGACAAGUCCUAUACACACCCCAGCUCUCUCAGGAAACACAUGAAGGUACACGAAUCACAAGGCUCAGAGUCGUCUCCAGCUGCUAGCUCUGGAUACGAGUCCUCCACGCCGCCAGUGCUGGUUUCUGCGAACAGUGAAGACCCGACAAAAACACCCACGUCUGCAGUGCAAAAUGCAUCUGCACACAGCGAUGGACUACCGCCUAAUUUUAACGAAUGGUACGUUUGAAGCUCCAAGCAGACUCUCAAAUGGUGGACCAAAAGGUUGAAGUAACCUUUUAAAAAAACUAUUUACGCCAUGGCGUUCAAAAUGGCAUUGAAAUAACAGGAAAAGAUGAGAGUUCGCCAGCAGGCCUCGUCCAUUCUCAGGAUUCGAAAUUUGACUUUAUUCCGGGUUCGAAGAAAACUAUCAAGACAUAAAAUA